AUGACAGAAGUAGAAUCAACUAUAAUAUCAAUAUCUAGAUCUACUAUUAAAUUAGUAGAUGAAGAUGAAGAUAAUAAUACAAAAUUAUUAGAUAAGACAAUAGAUGGUGAAAAUAAAAUACAAUCAUAUUCAACUAUUGAAAAUUCAAAUUUAAAACAAGAAGAAACUAAAGAACAACAACCAAUAGAAAAACAAACCAAAGAUGAGAAACCACAACAGCGAAUAGAACCGGAAUAUCAAACAAUAGCGAAAAGAUUAUUUAAUGAAGAUUUUGUAUCAAUUAAACCAUCAGAAUAUACACAAUAUUUGGCAACAAAUGAUGAAGAAUCAACUAAAAUUAGAAAUUAUUAUAUGAACCUUUUCAAAUGGUCACCAAAUUUAUUAAUUUCAACUAGAUCUUUAUGUUCAAAAUUAUAUUUAAAAGCUGAAUCUCAAGAAUUAGAUCGUAUUUUAACUUCUUUUACAAAAUCUUAUAUCAAACAAUACCCCAAUAAUGUAUUUUGUACUAAAAAUUUUGAACAAAUUUAUAUCAUUAUAUAUUCAUUAAUUUUAUUAAAUACUUCAUUACAUAAUUCAGAAGUUAAUAAAAAAUCUAAAAUAAGUCAAACUGAUUUUAUAAAAAAUACAAUGUCAACUUUUUUAAAUGGUGAUCCAAAAAUUAAAAAAUCAUUAUCAAUAAAACAAAAAAUUGGAAUUGAAAAUGAAUUAUCAAGGUAUUAUGAAGAUUUGAAUAGGAAUGAAUUAUAUUUAAAAGAUAAUAAAAAUAAAAGUAAUAGAGAAGCUGGUCCUUCUCAUAACAGCCCUAAAAAUAAAGUUUCACAAACAGAAGAAGAUAUAAAUGAUGAUGAUUUAAACACUACAAUAAAUACAUCUUAUGAUUCUCAUGAUGGAAAUUUAUCAAGACAAUUAUCAAAUUCAUCUAUAUGGUCAACUGAUACAACAAAUAGAAGAAAUUCAUUAGCAAUGAAAAGAAUUAGUACAACAACUUCUGAAGUUUCAAAUUUUACUGCUUCUGGUCAACAAACUCGUAUACCACAAAGAGUAGGUUUAGCAAGAGCUUUAAUAGGUCAACAACAACAACAACAAAAUCAACAACAAUUAAAUGGGAUGUAUAAAAAUUUAAAUCCUUCUUUACAAUCACAAGCAACAACUUUACGUAAUCGUUCAUCAUUUGAUCAACAAAGAUCAGUUAAUAAAAGAUCUUCAAUUGCUUCAAUUAUGUCAAAAGAAUCAAAUAAUGGUGCUGAUGACACUAUAUCAGUUUUAUCUUUUGAUACAUGUAAUUUAGAUUUAGAUGAUGAAAAAGUUCAAGAAAUGGAUAAAUUUGAUGUAAAUGAUUUUCAAGAUGAAUAUGAUUUACAAUUAGAAUUAAAUGGUAGUCCUUAUUUAAAAGAAGGUUUAUUAAAAUUAAGGGUUUUAAAUAAUGAUUCAAAUGAUGAAGCUACUACAACAACUUCUCCAAUACCAACAAAUAAUAGAUUUUUAUCAUUUUUUAAUAGACAACCAUCAAGAUCAUCUAUUGGUAUACAUUCAUCUCCAAUACUUCAUAAAUUUAAUGAAAAUUUUGUAGUUGUUUCAAAAGGUGAAUUAUCAUUAUAUUCAUUUGAUCCAAAAUUAGUUAAAAAAUAUAAAAAGGAAACUAGUAAUCAAGAAUCGGAAGAAGAAAUUGGUGAUGGUAAUUGGUUAAAAAAUGCUGCCAAAAUAGGUACAUAUAAUUUAUGUUCUACUUUUGCUCAAUUAGAAAAAUCAGUUAAUGGUAAAAUCAUUUGGUCUUUAACUUUUCCUAAAAUAAGUAAGAGAUUACCUAAAAAAUUCAUUUUUGAAGCUGGUACUAAAGAUAUUGCAUUAGAAUUUAUAAAUACUUGUAAUUUUUGGGCUUCAAAAAUUACUGCUAUACCUACAUUAGAAGAAAGUAUAUCAUCAAUAGAAUAUGGCUGGACUGAUUUAGAUGGAUUAAUAAAACAAAAAGAUUCAUUUAAAAAAUUAAGAACAAUACAAAAAUGGGAACCAAUAAUAAAUGGAGUAUAUUUAUCAAAUUAUUAUUCACAACAACUUAUGCAAAAUAAUCAUUUUGGUAUGAUGAAACAAUUUGUUAAAACUUCAAAUUAUUAUAAUAAUUUAAGAAAAUUAUAUAAUGACUUCGUCACUAAGAGAUCAAAAUUUUUAGAAAAUUUUAAUAAAAUGAAUUAUAAUUGUUCAAAUUAUAAUAAAAUUAUAAAUAAUUAUGAUUCAAAAAUUGAAAUUUAUAAACAACAAUUAAAAAUGUAUAAAAGUUAUAUUAUUAUAUUGGGUUUCGCAUUACAAUUAAGAUUUGAUUUAGAAGCAAGUAAAAGAAAAGAAAUUUUAGAUAAUUCAUUAGAAGAACAAGAAGAAGAAGAAAUUGAAGAAAUUAUAGAAUCAUCAAGCUUAACAUCUGUGUUACCAAAUGAUGAUGAUUUAACAAAAUCUGUAAAAUUAGAAAUUAAAAAAUUAUUUUAUAAUAUGAAAGAUAUUUCAAAAAUUAUCCCCACCUUCAAAUCUUCAAAAUCUAUAAAAAAUUUAGCUGAAUUAGCUGCUGCAAAUCAUCAACAACAACAAUUUUUAGCUGAAAAUAAUAAAUUAGUUAAAUCUCCUAAAAAUUUUACAUUAUCAAAUUAUAAAGAUAAUGAAUCUCCUAUAGCUCAAUUAAUAGCAUCAACUUCAACAAAUACGAAAGAUAAUUCAUCCGAUUCAUCAAUAUCACCUCCACAAAAACAAUCAAUGAUGCAAACAACAAUUCGAGAAGAAGAUGAAGACGAAGUAGACCCAGAAGAUGAUGAUGAAAAAACUAAAACAAAUCUUACAGAAGAUGAUAAUGAUUUAGAAAGGAAAAGUUCAGAAAUUACAAAAGUUGAAAAAAGUAAUUCAAAUUCUUCUUCAACAACAACUAGCAAUUUAAAAUUGGAAAAUGGUAAUGGUAAUGUUAGACCUCCUUUAAAUUUAAGUUCUUCUUCUCAUAAUGAUUUAAGUAAAUCUGCUUUAAUUAUAUAG